GCCCUCCAUCAAUCCAUCACAUCAUAUCUCUAAUACAAUUUCAGUGUCCCCAAUCUCAUUGAAGCUGCAAGCAGUAUUUAUUAGCCAGACAUUGGUGCCAGGGAGACGAUUGCAGCAUCAAUACAAAGCAGCUGCAGACCAAUGAGAGUUGUAUCCAGGAUUCAGCUUCCUCCCGCACCCUCCCCUCUUUCCUACUCAAUGGAAAAUCUUGAAUGAACCCAGGAGGGGGCCGAGCUUCUGUACCAAGGCAGAGCCGCAGAAUGAGUGAGACUUCAGGCGGUCUGUUGCUAUAGUGACUCCAAGGAGCAACCCAGUCUGCUGCUGUGUAGUAGUAACACAGCUUCACUUCUCAGAUACAGCGAUCUGCUGAUGGGGAUAACACAAGGGAAGGAGGAGGAAGAGGACCAGCUCAGCAAGGUGCAAUUGUCCAUCCAAAGCACAAGAACCCAGUGGGAGAUGCAGAGAAGUAAUGAAUAUCCCAGCAACAUAUCAACAACAGUUCCCCUGCCGUAGUGUGAGGGUGGAUGAGCCCGUUUCCAGGCUGGAGACUUAGAUGAUCUGUACAUGAGUGCUGCUUUAUGUUUUUCUGCACUAACAUUCCUACUGUUCAACUAAAGACAUAAUGACAGGUCAGCUAACUGAAGAUAAUUCAGAGUCUCCCAAUCUGAACCCUGAUGAGCUUGAAUGUAAGAUCUGCUACAACCGUUACAAUCUGAGACAGAGGAAACCAAAGGUACUUGGCUGUUGCCACAGAGUAUGUGCCAAAUGCCUUUACAAACUGGUGGACUGUGGAGAAUCCCCACAAUGUGUUAUUGUGUGCCCGUUCUGCAGAUUUGAGACCCGUUUGCCUGAGGACGAAGUCAGCAGCCUUCCAGAUGACAAUAAUAUAUUACUGAACUUGGCAUGUGGUGGAAGGGGGAAAUGUGUUGGAGACAACCCAACAGAGCUGCUUCUGACCCCAAAACGUCUGUCAACUCUUGUCACCCCCUCCCACACCUCUGCCAACUGCCUUGUCAUUACCAUCAUGGAGGUCCAGAGGGAAAGCUCUCCUGCUUUGAAUGCUACUCCUGUGGUAGAGUUUUACAGGCCUUCAAGUUACGACCCAGUUUCAAUACCUCAGAACUGGACAGUGUGGAACUGCACUUCACUGAUCUGCCAAACCUCAGUGCGUGUGUUUGUUUGGUUGUUAGGGUUACUUUACUUCAGCUCCCUACCCUUAGGGAUCUAUUUGCUGGUGUCAAAAAAAGUCACCCUUGGGGUUGUCUUUGUCAGCCUUGUUCCAUCUAGCCUUGUUAUUCUCAUGGUAUAUGGCUUUUGUCAGUGUGUGUGUCAUGAAUUUUUAGACUGUAUGUCGACGUCUUAGUCCUUUAACCGUAUCGCCAUCAAAUGUCCAUUCUAGGAAAAAUUUUGUAUCUUUAAUAGUCAAGAUAUUUUACCUGUAUUUUUAACUGAAUUAGAUUUGUGUUAAUAAGUUUCUUUGCAGUGUUCACUAUGACUCCUGUCUGUUGCCUUAUAGUUAAUAAUGUUGGUAAAAAAAUCAUUACCACCCCAGUUUUAGUCAUGUGGGGGAUCUGUUACUGAUAUUUACUGAAAUAUUAAAUAAUGAGAAUUAUUACAUGGUGUAAUUGUAUUUAUAGGCUGUAACUCAGGCUUUGGGCAGUGGCACACAAGCUGUUUUAAUUACUACUGAAGUGUGUAAUGCCAAGCAACAUACUUAUAUUGCUUGCUUCUCAUUGGCUGUGAUGUUCAACGUAAUUAGCUAUUAGUGUCACCAUUAGAAUGCUUCUAUGCUACAGCCCUACAGCCCAAUUCAAAAGAUAUCAUGUGAUAAUGCAAUGCUAGCAAAGAAAAUGUGAUCGUUUACAGGUAUUGUACUGAAAAGCACUAUAAUGAAAAACUGUUUUAAGUCUCUCAAUAGCUGUAUGUGUUUUUAUCUGGUUUCUGCCUACUUUUAUCUUUUUUUAUUAAGGUUAAAAAUGCUGCACAAAUAGGAAGAGAAAAUCAACCCAAAUAUUUAUGAAUGCUAUGUAACGCUCCCAACUAUAUAUAACAUCAACCAAUAACAGCAUUUAAAUUGAAACUAGCAACUGCUGGGCAUGAUGUGCAUUCACAUAUGACUGGCACGCUCACAGAGGAACAGCAUUAUACACAAAGCACAUAACCCAAAGGGAGGAAUGCAUCCUGAAAAAACAUUGUGAUUCUCCACCUGGCACAAGGGAAAGUUUCAUCCAUGGUUUAUGCAGACUUUCAGAAUGCCACCUUGUUACUGUGGCUAACAACAAGGAAGUAGGUAACUGCUGCUGAUAUGAGUUGAUUACUAUAAUCUGACCACCGUUAUCAGAUACAAAUAUUUGAGGCUCCCACUGCUUUAAGUCAGUAUAUUUUGUCAGAGAUUGCACUGAUAAUAUCCCUGCCUUGCCUGCAAAAGCUGGUUCAUACAUCCUAAAUGGUUGCAGUCUCUAUACUUAAAUUGUGCUUCCUUAGUAGUUACAUAGUAAUUCGGUAUUGCUAAUUACUGACAGGCUUCUGCCUCUCCCUGGGACUGUGACUUGCUGGCUGCUGAUACUGCAGAGGAAGUGCUGGAGGAACACAGACAGUGGCAGGAGGAGCGCCAGAGUGUGGUCAAAGCAGGUAUGUCUGUGUAUGUGCAUUCUACAAGGGUGUUUUUUUCCCACAGAGAAUGUGACUGACAAUGUCACUGCUGACGUGCUGGUGUCCAGGGACAAUGACUUACCCUGUGUAUUGAAUAUGGGGCAAAGUAAUAUCUCUCCUAUUGGCUCUGCUGCAAAUGCUGUGAUGGUGCUUAAUGGCAAUGUUUUUCCUUCCACUGCUAAUCCUUCCAAUGCUGCUGUUAUGGGCCUUAAAGGCAAUGCUUUACUUUUUGCUUUUGGUUUACCAUCCACUGCUGCUAAUGUCAUGGUUCUUAAAGGGAAUGGUUUGCCUUCUACAUCACUCAUGGGGGAGGGCCCUGCUGGGUGCUGUAUAAACAGUGGUGCCCCUGGUGCUGGUGACUGAUAACAUUUCUGUACUAAGGAGUAUGGAGUUGCUGCAAAGCAGGAAAACAACACUGAAGCAGGAGAUAAAGAGUGUGACUGUUUCAAGUGGGGUUCAAAAGCCCCAGGGCACCAGAAAGGCUGCAGCUUUAGGAUGAUGGCCAAUGGAGUGAGUUAGUUGCCCGCAAUAGAUCUCUGCUACAGCAGGCGACUAACCAUGCCAAAAUGUCUUGCCACCAGAAACAAUAGGAGUUGCCAAUGGAAAGGCCUAUGCAUUGGUUUGGUUUGGUAGCAGAGAUCUAUCAUGGGCGACUAACUUGCUUCAUGGACCAUCAGCCUUAAACAAAAAGCUGGAGGACAUUGGGCUGGAGAUCAAGGAGACCAUGGAGCAGAUCAUUAACUUGAGCCAAAAUGUCUCCCAUGAUGAUGCAAAUGUUCCAGUUGGUGGAGGGGAAAGGAUGGAAGAAAAAUGCCCUUUGGUGGCUGAUGGGAAUGUUGUAGGGGAUGGGCUGGCACAGAGUGAAAGUGGGGUGGUGGGUGAGCAUGUGGUGCUUGGGGAGAAUGCACAGAAGGAAAAGCAAAGAGGCCAAAGCUUCUGGGAAAGGAAAAGGUUCUUUGUGAUUGAGAGGCAAGACAGUGGGGCACAUGAUGGCCCAGUAUUCAAACUGAAGAAUGUGGUCAGGAUCAGGUGGGAAGGGCCAAGGUUCAAGGUAGGAGAUUUGUAAAUCGAAACAUCAUUAAACAAUCCCUGGGCUUUACCACACAUGAUGUCUUUACUUUUAUCACCCAGUCUGAAUAUGAUGUCAGCUUCAAACUGACCCAGGGGCUGGAGAGGUUCUGGGCUCUGUAUGAUCAGAAGGGAGAGACUGACUGUGAGGGGUCCUGAGCAGUUCCUAUCUCCAGGCCGGACACUAAGCUGGUCACUGUCAUUUUUAAACACAAGCCCAUUCCUUCCAAGGAAGAUUUUUGGGUGGAGGGGUGGCAGGCAUAGAUGUGGCUGCAGGUGCACAAUAAUAUCUUCCAAAUUCCUUCUGCAUAGGGGAUGAGAGAGGCUCCUGUUUUUACCUACGGCAGCCCCACUAGUGCUGCAGGUGUUGAGCAAGGGAACAUUUGGCCAGUGACUGUAUGGUUAAAACCUGUUCGCUGUGCGAGGCCCAGGGCAACGUGAGUAAAGAGUGUAACCUGAGCAUGGCCUUGGGUCACUCACACCCCAAAUACCCUACAGUCUGGCAUAAUAUACUCAAGGCUUGUCCCACAGUGGGACAGAAGCUUUUUCAGUCUGGGGAUUUACAGCAGGAAGUGUCCACUGCUCAGGAUGAAGUACAGAGGGAGCAGAAGUAACUACAGGGGUUACAGGGGGAAGUACAGGAGGAAAUACAGUGGGUAAAGGAUUAAUGUUUUUACUCCUGUGUGUGUAGUGUAAAGGCAGCAAAGUCUCUGUAAUGGAACUGUGUGUAUUCCCGUAAAUGAUUUAGAGAAAGGGGAAUAUAAAACCCAGUGAUAGUAUAGAAGGGAAUGAGCAGACUCUUUGGUUUCAUUUGUUUUGUUUUAUUGUUCCUAAGUUUUAAUCUUGUGUUCUGCCCAAUGCGUAUUGUUAUGUGUUAAUUUGUUACUUUGUUAAUGUAUUUUAUCAAUAAACUAAAUUACCUGACACCUGCAUUGCUAAAAAUGUUCCCAUGUCUAACCCAGUGGUAGAUAUGAGAAUAGCACUCAAAAGUAAAAGAUGAGCAGGAGAAACAAUAGCUUAUCUGAAAGCAGCUCCAUUGUGAAGUUCUGGCUCAUUCUGAAAGCUCAGACUCGGGCGCAAUGCACUGAGAUGGCUGCAACAAUAUUACAACUAAAAAAAUACAUUUAUUUGAAUGAAUUAUUGCAAUGUACACAGUGUAAUUAAACUACACUAUAAAAAUCAUGACAGAAUCCUUUGAGGUGUUGAACAGUUUUAAAAAAUGAAAACCUAAAAUGUCUUAAAAGUUGCUCUCAUAGUAUUUUAAAAAGGAUAUUUUAUGGAUAGGCUGUUUGAAAUAUAUUGCAAAAUACUUUUAGAUGUAAUCUAUGUGAGUAUAUGUAGCUUAAAAUAGUGUAAACCAACAUAAGUCAAUGUUUAUGCUACAGGCAGUGAGAAUAUUUUAUGUCUACUCUGUGAAGCAGAAUAUUGUAUAUCCUAAUACUUCAUAUACAAAUAUAUUGUGUGGUGUGUACAGAGAAAAAACAAAUGUAUUCUUUCCAACUUUCUGUCUUAUAUGUGUACAGAGCACACAGGAAAAAAGACAAUCUCAUCCCUUUCUCUAUAUUCUAAAGUAGUAAACAGGCAAUAUUUUUUUUUUAAUUAAAGCACUUUAAGGUCCAGACUGAAGUCCAUGGGGAUAUUAUAAAAUGUUUUUGGAGACUGAAUCUGGUUCAUUUUUGCUUAUAAAGAGCAUAAAAGAUAGAAGCAUCGAUACUGAUGCCGUGCGGGGCAAUGACAAAUGGGUACACUUCUGACAAACUUGUUACAAACUUCUUCUCAGUAAUCCCAAUCAGUUAUUAAAGAUUAACCCACAGUACUUCUGCAUAUAGGAAAAUAUAGGUGCUACAUUGCACUGGUAUAGAUACCCAUAACAAUCAAUCAGAUCUUUGAUUUUAUUGCAAUGCUUUGCUUUCAUUUUUUUAUGUAGUAAGCCAGUCAUAAAUAUGUUACUGAUUACUAUGGAUAAAGGCAGUGGUGCAAAUACACCUAAUAUCAUCUAUUAUCCACAAAGCUCCAAAAUAAAAUGUUAUCAUUUCUCCCACUGCCCCAUUAAAACAAAACAUUUGUAAUCCUUGAUAUUAGACUAAUUCGCUUUUUCUCUGUAAUAAUAUGCAUCUUGUACUUGAUGUUAACUGAGUCAACAUAAAUCUGUGUUAGCGUCUAACAACUCUCAUGGGUUUUCUGUAUGUUUAAAUAUUUAACAGGUGAAAGUUAUGCUAAAGAAUCACUUAUACCAAAAACCCCAUGUUAUUUGAGACCUAGAUUUGGAAAUUCGGAACAGAAAUAGCAUAAAAAUAAAUCCUAAAUAAAAAAUGUAUAAAUAUAAUUGGUGCAGAUUUAUUAUAAAUCAAAUAAGAGUAAAUCAAUUAUGUUAUCCUAUCACUUUGAUCAAAUAAAUAGGAUGAUGUGAGUGGUAUGAUUAAAAUCAAUAUUUAACAUUGUCCAAACCUUCUGGGUAAUCAUUAACUCAGAAGCACAUAGUAGGCUACAGACAAAGUUCAUUUUAUUCCAGUGGACUUGAUCCUUAUUGAUAAAUAAUGAUAUUGAUUGAAUCCCCUGAAAAAAAACAAAUAAUUGUUAGAUAAUAAAUCAAUCUGAUUUUUAAGGCAUUCAUCAUUGCAGUAAUAAAUACCUUUGACUGACUGAUUCUAGCAGAAUCUAGCAAGAACCUGAAAUGUUAAAAAUGUGACAAUCCAGAAAUAUGUUGCAGGCAGGCAUGUCUGGUGCUUAUAGGGUGGUAAUUCUGUACACUAUGUUAACUGGAAACAAUAGGAAGCCUUGAUGUCAUCCUGUGUCUAUGAGAGUUUGCCAAACAAGCAUAUUUUUCUCCAAUAUGGCCAACUAAGGUUGGGGAUAUCGGGUUGAUCUAAUCACUAUGGGGAAACAGGUCAUGGGGGCAAGGACCACAUUAACAAGCUGAUGCGGUCCUCGAUUCAAUGGAAAAUCAAACCUGUCCGACAUACAGACAAUUUUACCCCAUACAGGGGCAAUUAAGAUGCCAAAUCAGUCUGAAAGGGCCCGAAUCAGCAGCUUAAAUCUGUCAACCUUUAAAUUCUGUUUAUGAUAUGAGUAAAUACUCAGUUCUUAAUGUAUGGGGAAAUAUUCCCCAAAACGUAAUAUUUUUUGGAAGUGGAAAAGACAUAACACUUGAGACAUGUCAUGUAUACAAAUCAGGAAAACCAUAGUUUAUUCCAAGCAAAAUGUUUGGAAGUAAAGUACAAUGAAACAUUAACUGCUGUAUAUGUUUUAGAGUAAAAAGAGAUUAAAGAAAAAUCUUUUUCAAGUA